AAAAAAUUUAUUUACAUGAAAAAGAAAAACGAAAAGGAAGAAGUAGAGGUGGGUUUUGCUGAAGAACAGCGUCAAUCGAAGGAACCCUAAGAAGAAAGGAGAGAUGGGGAAACAACCAGUAAGAAUGAAGGCGGUGGUUUACGCUCUUUCGCCAUUUCAGCAGAAGAUAAUGCCUGGUUUAUGGAAGGAUCUGCCUAACAAGAUCCAUCACAAGGUGUCAGAGAACUGGAUCAGCGCCACCCUCCUUCUCACCCCUCUCAUCGGCACCUACACGUAUGUGCAGAACUACCAGGAGAAGGAAAAGUUGGAACACAGGUUCUGAGGUCAUCUUCCUUGUCGAAGGAGUGUCUUAUUAUUAUUUUUUUUUUUUUGGUGGAAGACUCCAUAAUUUUUCUUGUGUUACUAGAAAAUAAGCUGAGUGCUUGGCUGUUAGAUACAGUUGCAGUGUGGAAAACUUAGUGACUAUUGUUUAUGGAUCGUUCUGGUUUUUAGCCAAUGUUGAAAAUUUCAAUUUGUCCUUGGCACUGGCUUGUUGUCUGAACUGCGAAAUGUUGAACAAAGCUGGUGUUGAACUCUUGUUUUUGUGUUUGGACAGAAUUAAAGAAAAAUCUUGCCUAUGAUUUUAGUGCUUACCGCUC